AUGAAGAAGACUUACCAACACGCCAUCGAAUGCCUCAACAGCCUACAGAGCAAUGCUGCUACUAUCGCCGCUUCCACUUGCGCACGCGAGGCUCGUCGUGGACACACGCUCCGCGACAUGGAGGUCUAUCUACGCCGGAUGGGAUACACGCCAAGCGAUCUCAACAGACUCAACGUCCUUCACAUCACCGGCACAAAGGGCAAGGGCUCCACUGCCGCCUUUGUCUCGUCCCUCCUCCAGUCCCUCAAUCCACACGCCAGCGUGGGUCUGUACACCUCCCCGCACCUCGUAGCCGUCCGCGAGCGUAUACGCAUCAAUGGCCACCCACUCAGCGAAGAGCGUUUCGCCAAGUACUUUUUUGACGUGUGGAUGGCUUUGGAUGGCGUGGGCGAGGAUGAGGUGAGCGACGUGGACAGCGUCAACAACACACACUCCACGUCCACUCUCCCCAAACCCGCUUACUUCCGCUUCAUGACGCUCGUAGCUUUCCACACGUUCCUCGCCGAAGACGUAGACGCGACCGUCCUCGAAGUCGGUAUUGGGGGGUCGCUCGACUGCACCAACAUAGUCCCCGCGCCGGCAGUAGCAGCUGUGAGCAGUCUUGGUCUCGACCACACGGCUUUGCUAGGCGGGACUAUUCGCGCGAUAGCCCUCAAUAAAGGGGGGAUAUACAAAGCAGGCGCCGCGGCACUCACCGUCCCUCAGCCCGAAGAUGGCGAGGCCGUUCUGGCGGAGUGUGCUCAGCGCGUCAAUGCCCCUUUCGGCGUAGUCGACACACGCGAUGCUCCCGCUAAUCACACCCUCUCACUCCCCCUCGGCCUGCCCGGUGUGCACCAGGCGCUUAAUGCGCGACUGGCCGUCGAUGUCGUGCGUGCUUUUGUGAAUGCGGGAAAGAGCAACAAGUUCGCUAGCUGGAAAGGUGAGCUAGAGGGGCACGAUUGGAGAAAUGGUCUUCCGCAGGUGUUCGUCGACGGUCUCACAAAGGCUAGGUGGCCAGGAAGGUGCCAGACGGUGGUAGAUCCAAGACGGCCAAGCACGACGUGGUUUCUUGAUGGCAGCCAUACCGCUGACAGCCUCACUGCAUGCAUGCAGUGGUUCGGCGGGGUUGUGAGAGCGCGGCGGGAACGGGAGCUGGAGGUGGAGCAGCCACAACAACACACUCGCACUCACCUCAUCUUUAACUGCACUAAGGGCAGGUCACCGACCGAGCUGCUCGGCGUGGUCGCUGCCUACCUCACCGCAGCGGGCGCGAACAUGGAAACACUCUUCACCUCGGUCAUUUUCUGCACCAAUCUGACCUACACGUCGGGCGAGUUUGCCAGCGAUCUCACGGCUAGGAAUGUAGACGUACUCACUAUACAGGAAUUAGAGGUUCAACAUGAGCUCAAAGCGGCGUGGAACUCCCUCCUCCCCCAAUUCAAAGGCUGCGUUGAAGUACUACCGUCGAUCGAGGCUGCUGUGGAUUAUAUCGAUAGGAGUGAGAGCCUGAGUGUGAAUAGUACCAAUAAUCCACACUCACACACACACAUCCUCGUCUGCGGCUCACUCCAUCUCGUCGGUGGCGUUAUUGAGGUUGCGCGCUUGGCUGAUGUUGCGCUGUGA